UUAUUCCUGAAAUUCCUUACCUCUUUGUGUUUGCUUCCUAGCCUCCCUGAGGUAAAGAGGAUUUGGUGUUUGACCUUUUGUUGUGCUCAGUGCGCCCUGGCGUUUUCCCCUGCCGACCACUGAGGGACCUGUUUUGUUUUUUUAUUCAUGGUGUGCACUUCUGCCCCCUCGCCUUUAGUUACACUUUUUGGACUUAAUACAUUUUCCCUUUUUGUAAUUAAACCUUGUCUCCCAUCUCUGCAACCUGGGGUCACCUACUUGAAUAAUUCCUAACAAUACAUCACUAAGCUUUAGAACAGGGGUAGGGAACCUAUGGCUCUAGAGCCAGACGUGGCUCUUUUGAUGACUGCAUCCGGCUCUUUGAUAAAUCUGAGCUGACGUUGCUUAACACGAUAAGUAAUGAAUAAUUCCACUUGUAAUCACAGUGUUAAAAAUAAUGUUCAAAAUAUAAAACAUUCUCAUGCAUUUUUAAUCCAUCCAUUCGUUUUCUACCGCACCUGUUCAAGAAGUUGCGUUGAUGGUAAGAAGUUAUUUAUUUAUUAUUGGUUAGUGUCGGGCUUGCCCUCCUGGGGGUUCUUCAGACCCCCAAGCACCGACAUGAGAGCCUGUUUCAGGGUUACAAUAUUGUUUUAUUUUUCACUAAGUCUCUCAGUUGCUUUCCAGCAAUAGUAUUUCCAGCCCCAACCCAGUCUCUCCUCCUGGCUGCUGCUUAUAACAGAGCGACAGGUGAUUAGAUAACAAGGCCCAGGUGGGCCUUCUACGCACCUGUCGCUGCAGGCCCGCAGGCCACACCCCUCCACAGUUAGCUUCAGAAUAACAAUGUCAUUAGUAAGAAUAAGACACCUAUUAUACCCUAGAAAUGUUGGUCUUACUUAAAAAUGCAUGUGUUUAGUUGUGUUCAGUGUAAAAAAAUAUAUAUUAUAUGGCUCUUACGGAAAUACAUUUUAAAAUAUUUGGCUUUUUGGCUAUGUGAGGCAAAAAGGUUCCCGACCCCUGCUUUAGAACUUCCGCGUCUGUCCCUGACACCCACACUUCAAGCUUUGGAAACGCUCUCCACCCACACUGCUUGGUACCUCGUCUGAGCUGCUGUCACUUACAUUUCCAUAGUAACUAACUAGAUGACCAUAGUAACUAAUUAAAUGACCAUAGUAACUAAUUAGAUGACAAUAGUAACUGGUAUAUCAUGCAAAAACACAAAUUCUAACCAUUGAAAUACUUUGUAUAGUUGAAGACUUACUGUCAUUAGAAAACAUCACUGCACAUCAUAAUGGCAGUUACACUUUCCAGCUCAAAGAACUAAAAAAAAAUAUUUGGGAAUGUCCGGCGGGGCAAGAUUGAAAAGCUUAAUUUGCCCAGGUCUGCUCUAAACACUUGGUUUGCAGUGUGGCUAUGGUGUGACAUCACAGUGAGGUGGACACACUAAUUUGGACAUCAAGCCAAGCACUCAGCCAGAUGGGGAGGAGCUGUUCCCCUUCUGUUCAGGCUUCAACUAUGAAGAAGAAGAUGGAGCGGAUGGCUGCUUCCUCCAUGGUUGUCUUUUUACUGCUCGGCAACUGCAUCCCUACGUCCUCAGAUUCCAAGGACGCCUGUGAUGCCUACGCUUCCAUUGGCGCCAACUUCACCGUGCCUCUCCAUCCCCCGCUGCAAAAAUCUCAAAACAUGAAAUGGUAUCUCAACAAAACUUUGAUAUUCAAUCGAAAGAUGGCCACUGGGAAGCUGAAUAUCUAUAACAAUGGAUCCCUUAAGCUUACCAACUUGAAGAGAAAUAGUACAGGCUUGUACGUCCCGAAAAUGUAUGAUACCAAUGGAAAAUUCAUGGGGGAUCUGAGAGGCCUAUUUUUAUGCGUGUUGGAACCCGUCACAAAGCCAGAACUGAAAAUAGAAUGUGACUCGUCCAACGUGAUAUUUACAUGCGUACCUGGUCAGAUUGCGGCCGCCACUGUUGAGUGGUUGCAGAACGAAAAGGUUGUGAAAAAGGAAAACAAGUGGAGCCUCCAGUUUGUUGCCGCAGAGGUGAAAAACGAUGCGUUCAGGUGCAACGUUUCCAAUCGGGUCAGCUCCAUGAGCAGUGACAGCCGCGUGCAAAACUGCACUGGAUCAAUUUUCCCUGAAAAACUAUUUGGCAUGGAUUUUAAGAUCAUGGCGAGCAUCCUGGCCGGUAUGGGAGGGCUUGCCUUGCUGCUGUUUAUAGUCUUGAUUUUUUUCUGCGUCCGAGCUGCAGUGGGAAAAAAGAAACAAGUCAAUGAGGAGGAGGAGCUUCGUUUGGGGUGGUCCAAUCCUGAACCGCAGCGUGGUCAGCAUCGUCACCAGCAGGCCGGCCAAACUGGACCUCAGCAGCCCCGCAGGAAGCGCCGCCGCCGCGGCUCUCAGCAACUCCCAGACCCACCUCAAUGCAGCACCGGGAGGCUGGCACAGGCGAACACGCCGAUGGCGAAUGAGGAGAACCCUCCUCCUGUUCCUCAGCCCAGGAAGAAAGUUGCGGCACAAAGAAUGUGAUGGAAAAUAUUACCAAUAGUUUUGUUUUUUUCCGCAUAACAUAUUUUAUCAAAGAUGACCUAUUUGAUAGGGGCAAUCAGAACCGAGCGUUAAUAUGUUACUUACCAGGACGGGGGUCAGCAACCCGCGGCUCAAUGCAGCUUUUUCAAAAAUGUAUGGAAAUGGAAAAAAAAAAUGGGGUGAAAAAUAUAGUUUUUGGGUUGUAAUAUGGUUUCUGUAGGACGGGGGUCGGCAACCCUAGUGGCUCUCUGGAGCUUUUUCAAAAAUGUAUGAAAAAUGGAAAUGAUAAGGGGGGAAAAAACAUAUUUUUUGUUUUAAUUUGGUUUCUGUAGGAGGACAAACAUGACACAAACCUCCCUAAUUGUUAUAAAGCACACUGUUUGUAUUAAACUUGCUUCACGGA